CCCGCCUCCAACCCCCGCUCUGUCUGCCCAAUACGCAGGCGCGUCUCCUCAAGUGCUUUCCCUACCCCCUCCUCUUUCUCUUCAGUCCAUUCCCCCUCCUCUCUCAGUAGCUCCGCAGGUUCAAACUCUUCUCCCGGAGAGUGGCGGCGAUCGCGAGGUCACGUGAUGAGCAUCCUGCUGCCCAACAUGGCGGAGUUCGACACCAUCUCGGAACUGGAGGAGGAAGAAGAAGAAGCAGCAACGUCGUCUUCGUCGCCGUCGUCGUCGUCGUCUUCGUCGGUAUCUGGGCCUGAUGAGGAUGAGGAAGAUGAGGAGGAAGAUGAGGAGGAGGAAGAAGAGGAGGAGGAGGAGGAAGAAGAAGACGAGGAGGAGGAGGUGCCGCCCCCGCCACGGGUAGUGAGCGAGGAGCAUCUGCGGAGAUAUGCCCCAGACCCUGUGUUGGUGCGCGGCGCCGGCCACAUCACUGUGUUUGGAUUAAGCAACAAGUUUGAUACGGAAUUUCCCUCGGUUCUGACAGGGAAGGUGGCUCCAGAAGAAUUUAAGACCAGCAUUGGCCGUGUGAACUCAUGUCUGAAAAAGGCUCUCCCAGUCAAUGUGAAAUGGCUGCUGUGUGGAUGUCUCUGCUGCUGCUGUACCCUGGGGUGCAGCCUGUGGCCUGUUAUUUGUCUCAACAAAAGAACCAGAAGAUCGAUUCAGAAGUUACUAGAAUGGGAAAAUAACAGAUUAUACCACAAGCUGGCUUUGCACUGGAAGCUGACUAAAAGGAAAUGUGAAAGUAGCAAUAUGAUGGAGUAUGUAAUACUAAUAGAAUUCUUACCAAAAUACCCCAUCUUCCGACCCGACUGAGGAGUUUCGUUCGGUCACGUCUGUGUUAUCUGUCAUUUCCUACCCUUAGUGCCUUGUAGAUGAUCUUGGAAUGGAGACAGUCUCCUUUGCUGUGUUCAGUUUAUUCUUUACAACAGUAGAAUAUUCUUCUCAUUCUUUGAUUUGUGUUGAUUUCAGAAGACAAUUUGCACAUCUUUUCUGUUAUUAAAUGAGGCUUGUGUUUUGCACUCUCAAUUUUUAAAUAAAUACACACAAACAUAUACAAGUAUAUGUAGUUGACACUAAAAACAUCAGUGCCAGUGUGUAAAGAAACAAAACCCUUGUUCUGAGCAUGCUGCCUUAGGAUUUUCACACUCACUGUUUCUAAAUAUGCAUCAUUUUCUAGGCUAUUUAAUGCUCUGGAAUCCCUUACUGGACACACCCAAAUAUGCUUUUGGUAGCUUUUAGAAAUGGUUUUACUCUGCUUUUAAAGAACAUGCAAUUAAUAGCACUGGUUUCCUCCUGCACUUUGCUAAACUGUCACUUAUGUUAGUGGAUAAAAUAUUUAAACUCCUAAAGACUUGUAAAUAUUGUCUCUUUGCAUAAUGUAAAAUGUGGUAUGCCGUGGUUUACAGAAUGUAUUAAUAUUCUUAAUGUAUUGCCAACAAUUCCGCAUAGAUUUUAAUAUGAAGUUUGCAAGCAUCCUUUUGAAUGUAGAGACCUUUAACAUGCUGUUUUGUGACAGAGCCAAAAUGAGUAUGUUAAAUUUCAGGUGUGGGCAGGAUUGCCCUUCCUAAUGAAGUGGAUUAAAAUUGAUAUCAUUAGUUCAGAUCACAAGAUUACAUUACACCUGAGACCAAGAAUUUUAUUUUUUCCAUUUAAUUCACUGUUCUCCAUUUAUCCUCCACUCCACCCCCCAAAAUAUUUGACAUCCAACUCAUCUUAUGGCUGCAUUAGCUCUCAUUUCCUUUCCCUUCUGUAUCUUUUCCCUCUUUUGAAAAUACAUAGAAUUUCCACCUUCAAGUGUCUUGAGAGCCAGGCGGUGGUGGCGCACGCCUUUGAUCCCAGCACUCGGGAGGCUGAGGCAGGUAGAUCUCUGAGUUCGAGUCCAGCCUGGUCUACAGAGUGAGUUCCAGGACAGCCAGGGCUACACAGAGAAACCCUGUCUCAAAAAAAAAAAGUGUCUUGAGAUUUUGAAUCCUGUGAGGUCUCAAGGCCUCCAUGAAAGGCAUGGUUUAUUCUCUUAUGCAGUUCCUCUAGUCUACAAAGAGUGCUGAGAAACUGUACCUACAGACUGUGUAGUAGGCCAGUCAGAGUUGAUACAAUAUUUUUAGCCUUCUGCUUGAGAAUCUUUUCUAAACAUUUGGAAAUUAUCAAUAAGGAAAGAGAAGUCAAAUUUAGAAAAAAUUGUUUGUUAAGUGGUCACAUGUUUUGAUUGGU